AUGAGGCUGAUCAAACAGAAUAUCGAGCAGGAUGGCUCAGGCUCAGUUACGCUCUUCCCUGAGGAGCCAGAGGAUAUGUGGCAUGCGUACAAUCUAAUCCGGCCCCAUGACCUGCUGAAAGCCAGCGCUAUCCGUCGCGUUACGACUACCGCCACAACCGGGACAACUUCGUCGUCACGGGUCCAUAUGACGUUGCAAAUUCGGGUUAAGAGCCUGGAUUUUGACCCCCAAAGUUCCCAGCUUCAUGUAUCAGGACAGAUCGCCUCAGAGAACCCAUAUACAAAGAUUGGUCAACAUCAUACGCUGGAUCUAGAGCUCCAACGGAAUUUUACCCUUGAAAAACGCACAGAGUCAGGUGAAGUGGGGGGAUGGGACAGUGUCGCUAUCGAGAUGCUAAAGGAUGCCGUGGAUGAGGGCUACAAAAGAAGGGCGGAGGCUGUAGCAGUAGUAAUGCAGGAAGGCUUGGCAAAUAUCUGCUUUAUCGGCCAGUUUCAGACCGUCCUCAAGCAGAAGGUUGAGAUGACAAUACCUAGAAAAAGACAAGGAGGGAGUGACCACGACAAGGCCCUGGCUAAAUUUUUCCAAGUAACCCUCGAAACCAUUCUUCGCCUCCUGGACACCUCUGGAGGCUCGAUAACGUCGUCAACGACAAGUAAUGGCACGUCAACGAGGCCUAUACUGUUAGCUUCCCCUGGUUUUACUGCCGUCAGCUUCCAAAAGCACAUUCAAUCCGCGUCAUUAGGCAAGCCGGAAUUGAAGCCUCUUCUAGAAAGCAUGAUUGUAGUGCAUUCGUCGUCUGGCCACGUGCAUUCGCUGGCCGAAGUCCUCAAGUCUCCGUCGGUGCAGGCGCGUCUCUCUAAUACGAAGUAUGCCCGUGAGACAGCAAUUAUGGACACAUUUUUCAAUCAUUUGAGGAUGGACACAAACAAAGCCACGUACGGGGCUAAAGAAGUAGAAUCAGCAGUUGACCAAGGUGCGGUUGGCCGAGGCGGUGGUAUUCUAUUAAUUUCAAACAGGCUCUUUCGGGCGCAAGACGUGCACGAAAGAAAGAGAUGGGUUUCUCUAGUUGAUCGCGUGAGAGACGUUGAAGGGGGGGAGGUUCGAGUACUAAGUUCUGACCACGAAAGUGGGAAAAGAUUAGACGGUUUGGGCGGCGUUGCCGCACUUUUGACGUUUCCCGUCCUCGACGAUGAGAAUGAAGAAGACGAUGGCGAUGACAAUGCCGAUGGAUAG